GCCGACCAGGGGCAUUCCGAGCUCUACCGCCUCACGUCCACUGAGCUGUUCGCAGUGUGGCAUCGGAUCCAUCGCAGCCAGAGUGGCACCACCAAGGCCAUCGGUCUACGCACGCUCGACCGAAUCAGGCGGUUCCGACGGUGGCCCAGACCGCGCCUCUGCGUGCAGGGCGCCGCGCCAUGGCUCCCGGACGCGCAUGUACGCACGCUCUUCCGCGACCUCAUUCACCGCAUCAUCAGCUACGCCAGGGAGCGCGGCCAAAUUGCGAUGAUUCCGGGUAUCCGUGACCUACGGAUAAAGCUCACGCCGUCCAGCUGCUGCACGCUGCGCUCAGCACUGCGCGACGCCCCGCGGUACUACCGCCAGCUUGGCACCAAGGACGCGUGGCCGUGUUCGCGCCAUCUUCACCCAGAUCUGCCCCGCUACCAGGACACUUGGGCGUGGCCGGCACACCUCCACCAGCUUCGUUUCCUCCCGGCGCACACGAGUGUCGUACCAUCGCGGGCCAUGUUUGCAACAGCGUGCAUCCGAGUCCUCCGGCGGGCUUGCCGCGCCCUGAGCCUGAUCUGUACGGACGCCACCCUCGCCAGCUUUACGGACGAAGCGCUUGACGCCAUCGACUUCACCGCCAUCCCGCAGCAGGUGGACUUCCAACCCGUCGGGCACGAGGCAAUCACAAUCGGCAGGCGUCUCACCCGCGGUCUCGUCGUGGAGGAGUUCCAGAAGUCGAGGCACGUCCUCGUCGCGGAGUGCCCGCUCCGCGUCCAGCUUCUGUGCCAUGGCCUAUUCGGUGUGGGCGGAUCCGACCCCAGCUUCCAGUAUUUUCCGGGGCUUACGGCCAGUUGGGUGUUGCAGCAGGCUUCGACGGUAGCGGGCAUUCGUCCCCACCUUCAGCCCGCCGUGCUCUCACGCCCGGGCUCCUGGCGGAUGGCUGCCGCCUCAGCUCCCAAUAAACACCGGGGGAAACCAGACGGCCGCCGGCCCUUGGUAGACCGCUCCCGGUGGCCCACCCAGCCUCUGGAGGCCCCCGCGGCGAGGGAUCUGGAUUGGGCGAGCUCGGCCUGCAUUCCCGACCACCUCCACACAGACUGCCAGCGGACGGACCUCAUUCUCCCCCUCAUCGUGCAGUUCAAUGCGCUGCCCCCCCAUGGGAUGGCGAGGAAAUGCGGGAGCGACCUGACGAAUUGCUUCUCCAACAUUCCCCACGCGCUGGUGCGCACAUCGUGGCAGUACUGCCGCUCCGUGCUAACAUCGCUGGGCGUGGCGAUCAUUUCGGCCCCCCGCCGGCGUGGGCAGGGCCGCUGCCUGCCCCACGCGCCGCCACCGGCCUCCCACCAUUAUCUGGAGUUCAGUCUCGCAGACAUCGAGGCGUCCAUAGAACACAGCCUUAAGCACCUGUGGCUCGCAGUCGGUUCCCUCGUCGGCCGCGCCAUCGACGGCCUGGCCAUGGGCAGCUCUCUCGCCGGGGCGCUCACGCGCAUGGUCCUGGUGUACUCGGACGUCGUCUUCCACGCGUCGUUGUACUCGCCCGCCCCCGCCCCGCCGGCGUCGAGGGGCAGGGUCCGGUACGUCCACGUCCUAGGCGUCCACAUUCUGGUGCUGGAGUCGCGGUACAUGGACGACUACAUAUGCAUCUGGAAGGGCCCGCCCGGCCUGCAGGAGGCACUCGCCAACCAGAUUGCCUCGGUCGUCGCCUCCUGGUCUGCGCAACGCUACCCGCUGCCCAGCGAGGCCGACCACGGGGAUGUCAUCACGGGCAUGCGCAUCACCCUACAUGACAACGGCACCGUGGCCGCACGGCCGGCAUCAUGUGACCCGCCUGGCUACGGUGGACAAUUCGACUUCCCGCGAUUUUUGCACUACUCCAGCUUCGUGCCGGCCCACAUCAAGCGCUCCAUUGUCGUCGGUGUACUAGCCAGAGUCGACCGCUUCACCGUCCCGGAGGAGCACAAACCAAAAGCGCUACUUGAGCUCGCUGGGGCUCUUUCGGAUUCUGGGUUCCCCACAAGUUCGAUUUGUCGCUGGAUGCUGAGCCGCAGGGGCGUCAGUACACCAGACUGGCUGCAGCGCGCGUGCUCUCAGCUGGCGGCAGCUGCGGGACCCUAA